AUGGCCCCAGCGGAAGUUAAAAGGGAAGGUGAUGAUUAUGACAUUCCAAGUGAAGCAAAUGACAUUCGUUUGAUCAAUGAAAGUUGGGCAGAACCUUAUCAUGGUUGCGAAGCUGGUCCAAGCAAUGAAGAAGCAACCAACAUGAACGUUGAAGAUGGCAGAGCCGAUGUGAAGCAAGAAAUGGUUGACGAUGCUCAUCGCAAUGACAUGGUUGGUGAUGUUGAAUAUGCUAUUCUGGAACAUAAAUUUGAUUCGGUCGAAGAUGGAGAAGCUUUCUACAAUGCGUAUGCUAAAGCCAAAGGAUUUAGUAUACGAAAAUCCAGAUUUAAUACAAAUAAAGAGGGAAAGGUUGUUAGUAGGCUGUGGUUGUGUUCAAGGGAAGGUCAGAGAUUACCAAAAUACUUGGACCAUGUUGCUGAAAAGAGUAAAGCUCCCAAGGCACUAACAAGAGUAGGUUGCAAAGCUCAAUUUCGCAUACGGUACGAUAUAAAUGCUGGUGAAGGGGGAAAGUAUGUUGUGACUCACUUCGUCGCAGACCACAACCAUGAAUUGGCAGAACAACACUGUGUGAUGUAUCUGAGGUCACAUCGCAGUUUAAACAACGCUGACAAAGCUCAAGCAAUGGCUAUGCGCAACGUCGGUGUGAAGACUAGCAAAAUCAUGGACUAUAUGGUAAAUCAAUCCGGGUCUUAUGAGAAUGUUAAUUUCAUCGGUACGGAUCUGCACAACCAUAUUCAAGCCGAACGUAGAGCAGAAGUUGAUGAUGGUGAUGCGCAGGAUGCGUUGGUUUACCUAUGUGCAAAACUUGAUGUUGACGUACGUUUUUUUUACAAGAAUGAUGUGUGUAAGGAUAACAAGUUACAAAAUAUGUUCUGGGCAGAUUCGAAAUCGCGGGUUGACUGUGCAAAGUUUGGUGAUGUGUUGAUAUUUGACUCAACUUACAGAACCAAUGCGUACAAGAAACCUUUUGUCAUGUUGGCUGGUGUGACUAACCACUUUAGGACUACGAUAUUUGCAUGUGUUUUGCUAGGUAAUGAGACAAUUGAUACAUACACAUGGGUUUUGGAAACAUUUAUGGAGGCGAUGGGCAAUAAAGCAUCUGUGUCCGUACUGACAGAUGGGAUAAGGCGAUGCGAGAGGCAAUCAGAAGAGUAUUUCCAAACGCAAGACAUCGAUUAUGUAAUUGGCAUCUUGGGAAAAAUGAUGUUUCAAAUGUUCACAAAAGUGGCUUUGCACAUGCUUUCAAGCAAUGCAUGGACAUGGAAACGGAUAAGGCAAAGUUUGAGCAUGGCUGGACGAGAAUGA